UUUUUUUACCAAUAAGACCCCUUGUCUCAAUUCGAAUCACAUAUACACUGCAAAACAUACAUCCCUUUUUUAUUUUUAUAAUUACUUAUUUCAUUCCCCUUUUAAAACAUAUUUAUACAAAAAUAAGUAUAUAACGUGUUGUUGAUCUACUUCCCUUGAUUUGUUCCUUUUUUUUUUUUUUUUUUUUUCUUCCUUUCACUUUUUAUUUUAUUUGUCAUCUGUAUAAUGGAUAAUAAUGUAUCAUCAGUAGAGCAACCCAAAUUUUAUAAUAAUCCAUCCUUGAUUGAUGAAAAUAAUAUACAGAAUUCCAGCCCAUUUCACUGCUACGAUGCAUAUAACAACUACACAUUUUCUGUGACAAGGAGAAAAGGUACAACUUUUAUCAAUCCUUCGUUUAAAGAUGAAUCCUUAGUCGAGCUUAAAGUCGGUGUUUUGCUCCCAUUUCAUCAAAACGAUAAUAACAGAACUAAAAUUAUGACGAUGAGUGGCAUAUCCGCCAUCCGAUUGGCCGUCGCAGAAAUUAAUGCACAAAACAUGAUCCCUGGUGCGUAUAUUACAUUAGUCGAAAAAGAUUCCUAUCCAAAAGCGGUCGAAG